GCUAUGAGUAUUGAACUGCCACGAAGACGGCUUCCAAUGGCUGCCAGAAUGUGGGGACUUGUGGUGGAUAAAAAGCCAGAAGUGAUUAGACAACCUGGUGCUGAAGAUAGAUGGAAGGUUUUGAGAUGCCAAGUGGCAAGCCAGCCAACUAACAAAUUGAUGGGAAAGGAGAUUGUUGUGGCUGUGAAUGCUGAUGUAACACAUUCAAAUUCUGAAAACUGGGCAUUCAAAAAUCUGUUGCUGUAG